GUUGAGGCAAGUGUGAUUUCAUUAUUUUUCACUUUAGCCGUUACAUUUAUUUUACAUAUAUGUAUAUAAAUACAUAACCUGAAUUUCUAUACCAUUAUACAGUGUGUAUUGUUAUUAUUAUAUAUUAAAUUUUGUGAAUAGCGUCCUUGUUGAUAUACUUGACUCGGUAAAAAAAUUUACGAUAAAAAAUAUUCGCUAAAUUUGGCAAUACUCAACUGAAUAAAAUCCAUGAUUUAAAUAACAUGUUCACAAUUGCUAACGAGUUAUUUUAACUUGUAACAAAUCAAUUUCGAAUUUGUUAAAAAAAAAAAAUGGAUCCAGCAACAGUGAUAGCAUUGUGUAAAGAAAACAUUCAGCCUUUGCGUCAUGGCAGAAAUGCUGCUCAGUUAGGUACUGCACUAAGGGCUCAAGAGGAUGCUGAAACACAGCAAAUGUUGAUGCAAGAAAAACAUAUGUACGAAGAGGCGAUAAAAAAUUAUCAAGGUGAUGAUCCAUUGGAAAGUUGGUAUGAGUAUAUAUUGUGGGUUGAACAAAGUUAUCCAAAGAGUGGACAUGAAAGUCAUAUUAGUAAAUUAUUGCAACAGUGUUUAGCAACAUUUGAAAAAGAAACAAAAUACCAUCAGGAUCGUCGAUACAUAAGAUUGUGGAUAAAUUAUAUCAGUAUGCAAAAAAAUCCAUUAGAAUUAUAUCAAUUAUUAUAUAAUACCGGUAUUGGAACAAUGGUAGCUGAUAUGUACAGAGCAUGGGCCUUUGAAUUGGAACAAGUUAACGACUGUAAACGAGCUGAUGAAGUUUAUAUGCUGGGUAUAACUGCUAGAGCUGAACCUCGGGAUGAAUUGAUUUAUGCGCGUGAAAAUUUUCAAAUGGCUGUUGGUCGUAAAGCACUUGGUUGUGAUCAAGAAAAAAAUGAAAUAGCAUUAUCUGAACAACGACAAGCAUUCAGUUCUUUACGGGCCAUUAAAUCUGGUAAACGUGCAACUAAUAUUAGAACUGGACACCGUGUUAAGGAUUAUGUGCCUGGUGUGGUACCACAAUCAACAACAUCUUCUCAUUCUUACAUGUCUGCUUCUCAAAUUAAAGAUGGCUCUAAGUCUAAUGCUAAAAUUCAAAUUUAUCAAGACGAAGCUGCUGCUCGCGUUGACUUGCGAUGUGCCAGUAUAUUAGAUCAUGUUCCAAUUGAGGAUACUGUACACAAAGAAAAUACUAUAAAACCUGGUCAAUGGAGUAAUUUAUCUCGAAAGUAUCCAUUGAUACCGCCAUCAGUCAGGCCUGCAUUUAAAGUUCACGAGGAUCAUUUGGAUGAUAAUGAUGAUGAUGUUGACAAUAAUAUAAAUAUUAAUUAUAAUACUUUACGAUUAUUUCCAAAUCAUACAUCAUUUUUUGAUGGAAGUAAAUAUCCAGAACACAUGGCUGUUCCUGUCUUUGUGCCAGACGUUCCUUCAGCUAAUAUUACAAAACCUCGUUACCCCAAAGAAUUAGUUUAUUUAAAUAAUAUUGAUCGCAGUAUGGAAGAAUUAAGAGCUGAAAAAUAUUAUAAUAUAUUGAGAAAUACUGGUAAUAGUUGUUCCAAUACUGACGAAACAUUAUUGCUAUCUGGAAUUGGUCAAAAUCUCAAUGGAUAUACUAAUAGCAAUAGUAAUAUUAAUAACAACAAUGAAAGUAAUAAUAUUCACCAUCAACAAAAUCAACAAGAUCAACAACAACAACAACAACAACAACACCAUCAUCAUUAUCAGCAACGAGAAACGGGUGUUUCUGAUGAAAAUUUUAUACAAAAGCAAUUUGAAAUGGAACACCACAGAAGAGCAUUAGAACAAAAUCAUGAAAUAGAAUUAGCAAGACAACGUAAACAAGCUGAGAUUGAAAAACAAAUGAGAGAAGCUGCUGAAUUGGAAAAACAACAACGAGAAGCUGCUGAAUUAGAAAGACAACAAAGAGAAAUUGAAGCUGAGAGACAACGCCGAGAAGCUGCUGAAUUAGAAAGACAACAGAGAGAAGCUGCUGAGGUAGAAAGACAACAGAGAGAAGCUGCUGAACUAGAAAGACAUCAAAGAGAAGCGGCGGCGGUGGCUGCUGCUGCUGCUGCUGAAAUAGAAAGACAACGAAUUGAAGCUGAACGGAUUGAAAGUCAAAGAAUGGAAGCUGAAUUAAGUCGGCAAAGUAAAUUACAAUCAUCAAGUUAUAAUUUACACCAUUCAUCAAGUGGAGUUGUUGAAUCUGGAGUCGAACAAAUGCUCGGACAAAGUCUUACUGUAAAUACUAAAGAAGCAAUGUCUGUUGUACAAGACUUAUGGAAUUCACCAGCUAAUUCAAAUUCACCAUUAAUUGAAAGUCCAAUGCUGCAUAGAUCAUCUGUUGAUUCACGUUCAAAAUUAAAUUUUGACAUUCAUAUUGAUAGUUCAAUGACUCAACAGCAUGCCAUGUCUCUACCUAGACAUAAUUCCAACUACAAUAAUAUUCAAAGUUAUCAUGAUCAAGAAAAUCAUCAACCAUACAAUUCACCAUACAAUCCUAUACAAGCUCAUCAUCAGUCCUAUCAAAUUCCGGAUUCAUAUCAUUAUCCAAUUCAACAACAACAACAACAACAACAACAACAACAACAACAACAACAACAACAGCAGCAGCAGCAGCAAUCUAUCCAGCAUCUUCAUUCACCACAAAUACAGCCUCAUAUUCAACAGCAGCACAACAUGAUCCAACAGCAGCAUCAUCAUCAUCACCAUCAUUCUCAAAUACAUCAUCAAUCUCCAAUUCAUCCACCGCAUUUACAAUCACCACAUAUUUCACAUCACUCACAAUCACCUAAUCUUCAUACUCCUACUCAUCAAUUACAAUCACAACAACAUCAUCAUCAUCCUCAUCAUCAUGGUAUAUCACCACAUAUUCCCCCACCACAAGGACAUCAUGUUUAUAAUCCCAUGCAUCCUAAUCCAAAUAUUAAUUAUCAUCAUCAUCAUCAUCAUCAUCAUCAGCAGCAGCAGCAGCAACAACAACAUCAACAGCAACAUCAACAUCAGCAUCAGCAUCAGCAACCACAGUUUCAACAAUCUCCUAUGAUGCAUCAUCCAUCAAUGCAAUCAGAAUCACAAAAACAACUUGAUUUUGUACCUUAUAUUGAUCCUCAAAGUGAUACUAAUAAGGAUUAUAGAAGAUCAGAAUUGCCAUACAUUAAAUCACCUGGUAUGAAUCGUCGUGACUUGAAGUAUCUUGAAAACGCUGAUAAUAAAGAAAAUAAUACUGCUAUUGAUUACAAUAGUAUAAUUGAAGAUAAUAAACAACCUGUAGAAAAUAAUUUAUUCGUUGAUGAGAGUCUUGGUAUAUCACCGUUAGCUGGUGCUAAUGACACUUGUUAUACUGAAUCAUUCCGAGGACCAUUGCCUAGUUCUACACCAAUGACUAACCAGUUUAGACCAUCAACAUAUCGUACUAAAGAUAUGCCACACUUUCAACCUCCUCAACUACAUUUUGUACCACAUGUCCAACAACAACAACAACAGCAGCAACAGCAACAGCAACAGCAACAGCAACAACAGAAUUCCGAGGUUCAAGUUAAUGAUCCUGAUGACAAAUUAAGCGUUAUUAUGGAAUCAACUAGAGAAUAUAUUUCAAGCAGUUCUGGUAGUAGCGCUAAUACACGAACAACACAAUUUGGGUUUACAUUAACAACUCGGGAAGAACAUUUAACUAUAAAAGAACAAUCUAUUAGUCAAGAUAUUGAAAGUACUGAAGCAUUAUUAUCAGCAAAUGUUAAUACUGAUCAAAAUAUAAGAACAAAAAUUCAAUCGAUCAAUACACAAAGUCCACGUACAAUGCAACGUAAUGUUGAUCAAAUAACAUCUGAAAUAAAAAAUAAUUGUGAUUUGCGUAUACCAUUCAAUCUUGAUCGUGAAUCUUCAAUAAAAAUUGAUAACAAUAAAAUAAACAAUGAUAACAAUAAAAGUAAUAGUAAUAAUAUUAGUUCUAUAACAACUAGUUCAACUAUUACACCAAUAAAUAACAAUACUAUAAAUAAUAGUAUUCCAAAUAUUAUUGACGAACCCAUGGAAGAAGCUAAGGAUGAUGAUAAUGACAGUAAAAAUAUUGAACCUGAUAAUAAUGAUGAUGAUUAUGAUAAUGAUGAUGAUGAUGAUGAUGAGGCCGACAAAUUUCAACUUCCUGUUGGUGAUAUAAAUCCAUUUGACAAGACUCUUAUUUCGGGUCUAUUAAGAAAUAUAAAAUUUCCACAGCUCCGUCAUUCAGAUGGUUAUGCAAGAUUAAAUAUAAAUAUUAAUAAAUUUGUGCCUUCUAGUAAAAUAACGUUAGGAACAGAUACAUACGAGUUGGAAAAGUGCCUUGGUAAAGGAACUUAUGGUACAGUUUUAAAAGCAUAUAAUCCACAAACAGAAAAAACAGUUGCAUUAAAAACUCAAAAGCCAGCUUGGGUUUGGGAAUUUUAUAUCGCCAGAGAAAUAAAAACACGUCUUAAAAAUCCACAUAUGCUACGUGGAUUCAUGGAUGUUACUAAAGCAUAUGUUACUAAUAAUGGAAGUAUACUUGUAUCUGAAUUUUCUAAAUACGGUACACUAUUGGCUGUUACUAAUCAAGUUAAAAUAGCAACUGGUAAACCACUUACCGAAGCGUUGGCAAUAUUUUUUACCAUUGAAAUGCUUCAAAUAGUUGAGCACCUUCAUAAAUGCCAAAUUAUUCACGGUGACAUUAAACCAGACAACUUUUUAUUGAUGCAUUUACCAACUGAAGAUGUAAGACCAACAAUUCAAUUGAUUGACUAUGGUUGUAGUAUCGAUAUGAGUCUGUUUCCUGAUGAAACAAAAUUUACUCAAAUAAUAAAAACAGAAGAUUUUACUUGCAUUGAAAUGCGAACCGGUCGUCCGUGGACUUAUCAAACAGAUUUAUACUGCGUUGCUGCAUCUGCUCACUGUUUACUCUUUGGAACUUAUAUGCGAGCUGUACAGACUGGAGAUCGUUGGUUUAUUAAUACCAAAAUGCCCCGAUACGUACAAAAAGCUUGGGAAACUUUAUUCAAUGAAUUAUUAAACAUUGAAUCAUGUGAAAAAAUGCCGGACUUGGGUGAACUUCGUAGCUUGAUGCAAGAAGCGUUGGAUAAAAUUCCAGCAUUGGAAAUGAAACUCCGUAGUUUAUCAAACGUAUUAAAAGGACGAUAACAAUUAAUUGGUGUUCCUUCAGCUAAAAAAAAAAGAAAAAAACAAACAAAUAAAAAGUCAAACUCCAUUACUCGUACCUAACGAUUAUAUUGUAUGUUAUAUGAAAUUAUCAUCUAACUCUAUUUAUUAACUGAUAUAGUGGAGAAAAUAAUU